GACAUUUCAAACUUGACUUCGGUCAUCUACGGUUCACGUUUUAAGUAUUCUAGUCGAAUUAUAUACGAUUAUCACAGUAGCAGCUGUUGGCGGCUGCCCCAAGCGCGGGAUCAAUUCAGCCGGGCCUCAGCUGUUUUAGGAUCGUUCGGAAAAAGCUGUUUCUUAUCGUCAGCUCGUUAUUCGCACAAACAGUCAACGCAAUCAUUUCGUAUUCGUAAGCAGAUUCGAUAAGUCAUCGCAGUCAUAAUUUUAGUGUAACUCAGUUUUGUGAUCAUUCAAACACCAAAAAUCGCAUACAAGAGCUGAAAACUACAUUUCAGUAACUAAAGUGUUGAUGUGCUCCGAAAAUCUGAAUUCAAACGAAAAGCAUCAAUAAGUUCUGCUGAUAAAAUAUAAUCUUAGACGUUCCGGGAAUUCAAAGCGCUAAUUGACUUUAGUAAUUAAACGAAUUCCGCUCAACGCGAAAAAGGCCAAUUAAAUGAAAUGAGAUGCGAUGCAAGCGCCACAAGUGCAGCAAUAUACUGAGGCCAUAGGCUAACGAGGGUUAAAUUCGGAAAAGUCCUACCGCGGCGGCUGGUAAAUGUGAAUGCAGCUGGAGUUAGAAACAAAAAUAUCACAAUGCUGGAAGUGGACAAAAUGUUGGAAAAAUGCGGCGACUUCAGUCGACUGCAGGUGUUUAUGCUGCUACUUUUUAGUGUAAUCAAUUUGCUCUCGGCCAUGCACUACUAUUCGCAGACGAUCAUAAGUUUUGUGCCCAAGUACUGGUGCGCCGAUGGCCUGGACUUGGAAACAGAAGCUCCCGAUGUAUCCAGCUGCCAGCCACUGAAUACGAAUGCAACAGGGCAUGAGACCUGCCAUAGCUAUAACUAUGAGACAUACAUGGGCUACCAGAGUUUCACCAGCGAAAUGAACUGGAUAUGCGGUGAGGCAUGGAAACUAACCUUGGGCCAGUCCAUGUUCUUUGUAGGCUCCGUGGUAGGCACUCUUGUGCUGGGAUAUCUGGCAGAUAUAGUUGGUCGGUUGCCCAUACUUAUUUUGGCGAAUCUUAUUGCCAUGACGGGCAACUUAUUGACCAUGUUUGGCACGAGUCUGCCUCUAUUUUGUAUAUUUCGACUCAUUGCCGGCUUCGCGACUGACAGCAACUUUUUGAUGAUGUACAUUCUGGUUAUGGAAUAUAUGCGGCCCUCAUUACGCACCAUUGGCCUGAGUGUCUGCAUCGGCGUCUUUUACUGUUUGGGCUCAAUGGGCGCGCCCUGGGUGGCAGUGCUCAUGGGUAGCUGGCGUGGUUUCCUGCUUGUUACCUCGCUGCCGUUCGCAUUGGUGCCGCUGUUCUAUUUCAUUGUGCCGGAGAGCGUGCAGUGGCUGAUAUCAAAGCAGAAGUACGACAAGGCUAUGGCCUGCCUGAAGCGCGUGGCCAAGAUCAAUGGCCGGCAACUUGACGAUAGCGUCUAUGCGCAGUUCAUUGCGGACUGCAAAUUAAGUCAGCAAAAUACGAAGACUACGCCGAAUCUACUAGACCUCUUCAAGACGACCCGCCUGCGCCGCAACACUUUCAUACUGUUCUUCAAAUCCAUGGUCAUUACCCUCUGCUACGAUGCCGUCUCACGAAAUGUGCAAGGCCUUGGCAUUUCGCCAUUUAUCAUGUUCUCACUGAGCGCAACCACGAUUCUGCCUGCUUGCCUGAUACUCAUUGCUCUGCAAGAUCGCAUCGGGCGCAAGGCGAUGGCUUCCUCAUCGCUGCUCCUCAGUGGCGUUUUCAUCUCGGUAACGGGCAUCGUACUCUAUACCGCCAGUAAUCACAACACGACAAUAGUGGUAACGCUCUCCGUGAUUGGGCGCUUUGGUGUCACCGUGGCCUACAACUCGGCCGCCCAGUACGCCACGGAGCUGAUACCAACAUGUGUGCGUGGCCAGGGAGUGGCUGCCGUGCAUGUCAUGGGCUAUGCGUUCACAUUCUUCAGUGCAUACAUUUUAUACACCCGUACAGUCUUCUCGCCGCUGCCGGAGAUCAUUCUGGGCGUGCUCUCUUUGCUGGGCGCCUGCUUGUGCCUGCUGCUGCCGGAGACGCUGCAUCGCACGCUGCCCACCUCACUGGAGGAAGGCGAGAAGUUCGGCAUUAAUGAGCACUGGUACACAUUUAGCUGCAUGGAGAAACGCUCGCAGUCGGUAAUGAAACUCGCUCCGGCACGUGACAAGUCGCUUUCGGCUUCCACUGAUUCCUCCUUUUAUUUUUAAGGGCAGGUCAUAUCAACUCUUUUUUAUAGAAAAUGUUAGCAUACUUUUAAGCUCUAACUUAAAGUUGUUAACUAAUUAGUUCAAGUAAUGAAUUACAAUCGAAAAUAGAAUUUGCUUAAGAUUAAGUCCUUAUGGUGAGACCAAAUUUAUUGGGCGUAUAUUUGUGUCCACCAAAAAUUUUAACUUGAAGUUUAAAUAAUUAUUUUAAGUCUUAAAAUAAAAAUAUGUUUUAAUAGUCAGUUCAUGAUUGCCCCAAAAAUACCAGUCAAACGCUCUACCUUAAUAAAAUGAUAUUUAUCAUUUGAACAUUGAGCUGAUAAAUAUGACGACUACGAAGUUUAGAAAGUUAUGUAAUAUACAUAGUAUAAAAGCGUAUUUAAAUCGACUCUGUUAAUAGUGCUAUAGCUUUUAAGGUCGUACGACUAAUUAGUUUGCUAUGCUAAAUGAAAAUAAUGAUACUCUUUGGACGUAGUCGAAAGGUUGACUCGAUCUUUAGAAGAUGUCCUCAGUAGUCGAGCUGCUUAAUUUUGUAGCCUUGUCUAAGCCUUGUGAAGAAUAGAUUUUCUGUGCGUCCGUUCAUAUAGAGGAAUGAAAGGACAGCGAGACGGACAUUGCACAAAACCAAUAUACUCUUUUUCAAUUUGGGAAUAGAGCAUAGAAAUUAAAUAUUGUAAUUAAUACGUAAAAUCGAACAAAUUUCGCUGCCUUUGAUAACCUGAACAGAUCAAUCGAUUCCGAAGUGAACAGACGUGUUUUUUUAUGCGUUGCGCAUUACGCCUGAUUUUUAUUAGAACUUAUAUUUAUAAGAAACAUCUUCAUUUAUCCGUUUGCCUUCCCGGGGAGAGUUGCUCUAUCGCGAGUGCAUGUCUUGUAUGUUGAAAAUUAUAACUUCUGAAUUUAUGCUUUUGUGCAA